CUGAAUUAUUGUUCGUGCAAAACAUGCACUAUGUCAAAGUCAAAAAGUAAUGCACAUAUGAAUAUGAAUAAAUGAAUCAGAAAAAGAUUAAAUAAAAAAGAAGGAGAAUGUUGUAGUUCUUUCUUCAUCACUCUGUCUGUUUCCUCUCACACACGAGACUACUCACGUGUAAUACGCAUGAUUGCGCGCGCGCGCAUUUUUCUCGAUCAGGCUCCGGCGGUUCGUUGCCGGUAACUCUCGAUUUAUAACUUCACCGCACAGCGACUCUUUUCUCCGUCGUUUGUUUUCACCAACAAAUUCCAUCUACAAGGUGGUAAAUUAUGCGAUUUGUAUUACUGGCAUGGAAUCCAUUUGGUGUUUUAUAUAGAAAAAAGUGACAUCAGAGGCUAUAAUUUGUUGCUAUGGCUUCAAGAGUGAUUUUGAAAAAGAAAAAGAACCUUUUGUUCAAUCACUUGAUUGGUCAACAUACUCGCUUUAUUCUUGGAUUCUCAAAUGUUGUGCUUGGUCAGCCAUUUGAAUCUAGUGAAUUCGAUGGUUUUAGUCGGUUUCCUUUCUCUUCGUUUGCAACUACGGGAUAUGGAUAUCCACAGGAAAGAAAUUUGUGUACUGUCAACAAUAAUGAUUUGGCAGCUUGUUCCGCGUCGAGAUUGUAUUUGCAUAGUUCCUUUGGAGUUCCGAAUUUUGGAAUUAGAACCGAGAAGAUAGAGUUAACUUCUCUUUCAAGAUUGGGGUGGACAUCAUGUUGUUCACGUUACAUUUCUACAGCUGCUGCCAAUCAAUCUAGAUUGGGUGGCAGCAUUGGGGGAAAUGAUCAAACUGAUAAUAAACAGAAGAAGGAAGCGUCGCCGGAGGAGUGUGAUGAGGCUGUUGAAGACUUGAGUACUUUAAAAGCGAAAACUAAGGCUAAACAAGUACAAGAACCCCAUAAGAGUGCUGAAUCUAUUGUGAAGAGAUUAUGGGCUAAGAUUUUAGGGAUCGGUCCAACUUUCAGAGCUAUUUUGUCAAUGAGCAGGGAUGACUGGGCAAAGAAGUUAAGUCAUUACAAAGAUGAAUUUAAAUCUACUCUACAACACUACUGGUUUGGUACGAAACUACUUUGGGCUGAUGUUAGGAUAAGCUCUAGAUUAUUGUUGAAACUUGCAAAUGGAAAGAGUCUUUCUAGAAGGGAGAGGCAGCAACUCACGAGGACAACAGCCGAUAUUUUCAGGCUAGUUCCUUUCGCUGUAUUUAUCAUAGUUCCGUUCAUGGAGUUUCUGUUGCCAGUAUUCCUGAAACUGUUCCCCAACAUGCUGCCUUCCACUUUCCAGGAUAAGAUGAAAGAACAGGAGGCAUUGAAAAGAAGGCUAAAUGCAAGAAUAGAAUAUGCUAAGUUUCUUCAAGAUACUGUGAAAGAAAUGGCGAAGGAGAUUCAGAAUUCACGAAGUGGAGAAAUGAAGCAGACAGCAGAAGAUCUUGAUGAAUUUAUGAACAAGGUCAGAACAGGUGCUCGAGUUUCAAAUGCUGAGAUCUUAGGAUUUGCCAAGUUAUUUAACGAUGAGUUCACUUUGGAUAACAUUAGCAGGCCUCGCUUGGUAAAUAUGUGUAAAUACAUGGGUAUCAGCCCAUAUGGUACUGAUGCAUAUUUGCGUUAUAUGCUCCGCAAAAGAUUACAGGAGAUCAAGAAUGAUGAUAAACUCAUUAAAGAAGAAGGUGUGGAGUCUCUUUCAGAAGCGGAGCUUCGUCAAGCUUGUAGAGAUCGAGGAUUGCUUGGAUUGCGUUCAGUGAAAGAAAUGCGGCAACAGCUUAAUGACUGGCUGGAUCUGUCUCUCAACCAUUCUCUCCCAUCUUCCCUCUUGAUUCUUUCUAGAGCAUUUUCUAUCUCAGGAAAGGUGAAACCAGAAGAGGCUGUUCAAGCUACACUCUCUUCUUUGCCAGAUGAGGUUGUGGAUACUGUUGGUGUGGCAGCUUUGCCAUCUGGAGAUCCUGUUUCGGAAACGAAGAGGAAGUUGGAAUAUCUUGAAAUGCAAGAGGAGCUAAUCAAGGAGGAGGAAGAUAAAGAGGAAGAGGAGCUGGCCAAAGCGACAGACUCUAUUGGUGGUGAAAGGAAUAUGGCUAUUAACAAGAUGGCUUCAACGAACGAACAAGCACGAGAAGAGGUAAAGUCAAAGGCAUUGGAAAAACAGGAGCAACUCUGUGAGAUCAGUCGAGCAUUAGCUGUUUUAGCAUCAGCAUCUUCGGUGAGCAGAGAACGUGAAGAGUUUUUGAGGCUUGUUAGAAAGGAGAUGGAGUUGUAUAAUAGUAUGGUAGGGAGAGAAGGUACUGAAGGUGAGCAGGAAGCUAAGAAGGCCUAUAAAGCUGCAAGGAAGGAUAGUGAUGGUGCCAUGGAGGUCGCUAUUAGUGACAAGGUUUCUUCAGCACUUGUUGACAAGGUUGAUGCUAUGCUCCAGACACUUGAAAAAGAAAUUGAUGAAGUUGAUGCUAAAAUUGGAGAUCGAUGGCGGUUACUAGACAGGGAUUAUGAUGGGAAAGUGUCACCUGAGGAGGUUGUCUCUGCUGCUAUGUAUCUGAAGGAUACUUUGGGAAAAGAAGGAAUUUAUGAACUUGUCAGCAACCUUUCUAAGGAUAGUGAUGGAAAAAUAUUGGUGGAAGACAUUGUCAAAUUAGGCUCCCAGAAAGAAGAUGCCGACAAAGACAAAGUAGGAAGAACGUAGUGUUUAUUUGUGAAUUUUGUCGUAUUGUGGUGUUAUACUAUUUGAAAUGUAACCGCGAAGAAUAAUGGUUCGUAUGUAUUCAUGGAACCCCAUGCACCUUAAAUGUAUAAAUAAUCAAAAAAGGUUGAGCUCGUGUUGAUUUUUUUUGAGUUAAAAAA